AUGCGUCUUCUCGAACUCCUCCCUGUCGGGUUAAGCUUGUCACAAUGGUCUGCAGCUGCAGCGUUACCUGCAACUACUGAUUUGGGUUCAUGCAAAAACCCACCCAAGAGGGUGGAAUGGAGACAAUUGUCAGAACCACAGAAGAAAUCCUACAUCGAUGCCGUUCUGUGUUUGUCACAUACAAAGGCCAAAUCCGGCAUUGAAGGAGCCGUAAACCGAUUCGAUGAUCAUCAAGCUGUUCACAUGCUCCAGAAGCCUCAGAUUCAUUGGGUUGGUCACUUCCUUCUAUGGCACCGUUACUUCACGGCAACCUACGAAAAGGCACUGAGGGAUGAAUGCGGAUAUACUGGAGGCCAACCAUACUGGGACUGGUCUCUGGAUGCCGAACCGCAUAACGAAUCAUCCUCCCGUCCGUUUGAUUCAGAAAUUUUCAACCCUGACACAGGUUUUGGUGGCAACGGCUAUCCUGUCGCAGCUACUCCUGCCCAAAAUCCCUUGAACAUUACAGGCAACACCGGUGGAGGAUGUGUAAUGAACGGGCCAUUCGCGCCUCCCCACUUCACAGUGAACGUGCCCACUCCACACUGCUUGAAACGAGACUUUGUUCCGUGGAUCGUUAAUCGAAUGGCAGACAAACGACUGGUCGACGAAGUCCUAGCACAACCGGAUUAUACGAGUAUUGCAAGGACAGUUGAGAAGCAGCGAAGCUUUGAUCCUCCAAACAUUCAUGCCAGCGGCCACUUUGGUAUCGGUGGCAUCCUGGGUACCAUGGGAAACGCGGCGGAGAGCCCUGGUGAUCCACUCUUCUACCUGCAUCAUGGCAACAUUGACCGCAUCUUUUGGGAAUGGCAACAGGAAGAUCUCGAGACGCGUCUCAAUCAAGUCGGUGGGCCCAUUACGCCUUUUGAUUACAGCGGCAAGAACGUUACAUUGGACUUUACCAUCAACAUUGGCUUGUUAGCAGGGAAUGCCACGCUCAAGGACCUGUUGAAUACAGAAGGAGGGACGCUCUGCUACACGUAUUAG